UUUGCAGCUGAUGUAAAAUGCAUUUGAAGUCAUACAUUCCUUUUGAAAUUACCGCCUGACUAAGCAAAUGGAAAUAAAUGAAAGUUUCGAUGAUGUGGAAGAUCAGCUGGAUAAUUUCGUCAUCCGGAGAAACCAACAAAAAGGAAAGACAACUGAUUCCGAAGAGUCCGGACCAAAGAUUCACGAAAAUAUACCCCUAACUCUAUGGCACAUUUUACGGGCAAGUGAGGAUUCCGAAAGAGAAAAUGUUUUUAUAAUUCGUGAUAAAGCCAACAAUCCCAUACACUUUCGCACCUGCAUUGUCUAUGGUUUCGUGAUUGGAUUUGGAACCCACAACGAGUGCUUCAGUAAAUACUUAAUUGAUGAUAGCACGGGUUCUCUGGAGGCGAGUAUUGCCAAAAAGCCGGGCAAUCGGCUGGUAAUAUCUAGCCUUCACAACGAAGUCACUUCCCUUGGCUCUUCCGAAGCCUUCAGACCCACGGCCGAAAGAUUAGUCAGACUUUUGAAGACCGCCAUGGAAUAUAUAGACCCCUCACCCAUAACAAGAGGCCAUAACCUGUACCUGCGUGGUCGCCCCAAUUAUUUCAGAGGAGUAGUGGGUAUGGAUGCCUUCCAAUUCUUCAUUGACAGCGGCAGAUCCCGGAAUAUGGAAAUGGGAUUCGCGGAUUACUUAACAGACUGGCACAACAACUACAGCACAACUUAGCGUAAUGCAAACAAAGAUUGAAUAUUUUUUUGUAUUGAAAUUUUACUGGUAAUAAAAAAUCAAAUUUUAAAUAAAGAGAA